AUGCAGGAGUCUGCCUAUACUCGCGGAAACCAUGACGCUGAUCCCCCCCUGUUCCUGAUGCCCCGUUUUGCCCAACUGAAGUCCAGCUGUGCUCCAAGCAGCGGCGGAAGAUAUAUCGUGAUGGUAGCCGGAAAGACAAGCGGUGAACCUCCAGAGAUAAUGGAAGUCUGGAAGACUGGAACUCAUCAUCCAUCUCUCAACGUCCUCUGA